UCUGGAGCACUUGGGGUGGGCAGGCCAGGCUGCGAGGCGCGGGUGAGAGAGCGGCCAGGAUGCGGGAAUGCAUAUCGGUCCACGUGGGUCAAGCAGGCGUCCAGAUCGGCAACGCCUGCUGGGAGCUCUUCUGCCUGGAGCACGGCAUCCAGGCGGAUGGCACCUUUGGCGCCCAGGCCAACAAGAUCAGCGAUGACGACUCCUUCACCACCUUCUUCAGCGAGACCAGCAACGGCAAGCACGUGCCCCGGGCGGUUAUGGUGGACCUGGAGCCUACCGUCGUAGAUGAGGUUCGGGCUGGAACCUACCGCCAGCUGUUCCAUCCAGAGCAGCUGAUCACCGGCAAGGAGGACGCAGCUAACAACUAUGCCCGGGGCCACUACACAGUGGGCAAGGAGAGCAUUGACCUGGUGCUGGACCGCAUACGGAAGCUGACAGACGCUUGCUCUGGCCUGCAGGGCUUCCUGAUUUUCCACAGCUUCGGCGGGGGCACUGGCUCUGGGUUCACCUCCCUGCUGAUGGAACGUCUCUCCCUGGACUACGGCAAAAAGUCCAAGCUGGAGUUUGCUAUCUACCCGGCCCCCCAGGUGUCCACAGCUGUAGUUGAGCCCUACAACUCCAUCCUCACCACCCACACCACCCUGGAGCACUCUGAUUGCGCCUUCAUGGUGGACAACGAGGCCAUCUAUGACAUCUGCCGCAGGAACCUGGACAUCGAACGCCCCACCUACACCAACCUCAACCGCCUCAUCAGCCAGAUCGUGUCCUCCAUCACUGCCUCUCUGCGCUUUGAUGGGGCACUCAACGUGGACCUCACCGAGUUCCAGACCAACCUGGUGCCCUACCCCCGCAUCCACUUCCCUCUGGUCACCUACGCCCCUAUCAUCUCUGCUGAGAAAGCCUACCAUGAACAGCUGUCUGUGGCCGAGAUCACCAGCUCCUGCUUUGAGCCGGCCAGCCAGAUGGUGAAGUGUGACCCAAGACAUGGCAAGUACAUGGCCUGCUGCAUGUUGUACCGGGGGGACGUGGUCCCCAAGGAUGUGAACGUCGCGAUUGCUGCCAUCAAGACCAAGAGGACCAUCCAGUUUGUAGACUGGUGUCCCACGGGCUUUAAGGUGGGCAUCAACUACCAGCCUCCCACGGUGGUCCCCGGGGGAGACCUGGCCAAGGUGCAGCGGGCCGUGUGCAUGCUGAGCAACACCACAGCCAUCGCUGAGGCCUGGGCCCGCCUGGACCACAAGUUUGACCUGAUGUACGCCAAGCGGGCCUUUGUCCACUGGUACGUGGGGGAGGGCAUGGAGGAAGGGGAGUUUUCUGAGGCCAGAGAGGACCUAGCUGCCCUGGAGAAGGACUACGAAGAAGUGGGGACUGAUUCAUUUGAAGAAGAAAAUGAAGGGGAGGAAUUUUAAAUAUACACGUGCCCC